GCCCAGGCGCCUCUUUUCGUCUGCACAGCUGAGCACCGCGCCGUCAGUCAGCGAAGGGGAGGCUUCAUGCAUUUCUGGAACAUGGCCAUAUCAGGGGAUCAUUCGUCAUUGACGCGGCGGGCGGCACACGACUGCAUCCCGCUUUGGGAAUUCCGCAUCGCGCCUAUACUAUGCCACGCCUCUAUCAAAAGCUCCUCGGCCUGCCUUGACUUCUCGUCGUCACGCUCUCUACGAGGUUGCGGUUUCGUUCCUUCUUUCCUUACCGCGGUCGCUCCUUCUUUUCUUGUCCCGGUCGUUCCUUCUUUCCUUGUCCCGGCCGUUCCUUCUCUCAUUGCCCCCGCCGUGCCUUCCUUCCUUUGCCGCCCGCCAUGCUCGGCCACUCGUACCCGCCGUACCGCCAGCGACGCUCUUUUCAGAAGCACUACUACGCUCUCUUCGCCAUUCUCCUUUUUGUCGUGUGGCAGUCGGGCACCCUCUCGCGCGUACGGCAUGUGGACUCCGAAUUGGACAGUACCGACCGGCAGGGCAUAAUUCUCCGCACGUCGCCAGAGCAGAUCGAUGAACAGCUCAGCGAACAGUCUGGAGAAUCGGCCCAUAUCGUGAACUCGUAUGGCCACCACACCCACCCGCGGCCGAACCAGCAAGACCAGGUCGAGCAUCAUGGCGACUUCUAUUCUUCUCCUUCACCAUUGCCCCGGGAUACCCCACUUGCGAACAAUGCCCCACUACCGCCAAAGGACAACGCAAAAGCGCCAGGAACCCCUCGGGAGGAGGAUACCGACGAGCACGACACCGACGGCAUUGAGACGAUUCGCGGGCAUAAUGCAGACAGUGUCGAGCAUGCCGCAAAGUUGACGCACCCAGAUGACGACGAUGGCCAUCUCUCCGAUUUCGAGCAUCCCACAUUCCAAGCAGAUUCACAAGAGCGGCUGCGUCAGAACGGCGUGGUCGACGAGAUUCUGAAUGCGGACCACCCCUCCAAGGAUAACAGGGAUAAGUCUGGCGACGCUUCGGAUGACGAGACGGACGUGGAAGAGCCAGCACAAGCCAACGAAGAUAUUCAGUACCCAAUCCAGACUCUCAAAGCGAUGACACCGUGGACAGAGACGUACACCUUUCCUUCCUGGGACGAAUGCGAGAGCGUCAAGGAGAAAGCCGACGAUCUUCCGGACAUGCUUCAUGUGCCGUUCGAGCAAUCCGUCAAAGACGUUAUGCUUGAAGGCUGGGAGGACGAAUGGAUCGCAAAGGCUCGGUACACGGGCCCGAAGCUCCGGGAGCCUAAGAUUGACUUCGUCUACAAUUGGGUAAACGGGUCGCAGCAAGAACUGCGGAACACCAUGCACCCGUACGAACUCAACUCGUCGCUCAAUGAUCCAGAAGGCGAAUGGGUCGCCUCGCACGGCACCAACCGCUACCGCGAAUGGGAUGAGCUCCGUUACUCCAUGCGAAGUGUCGAAAAGUAUGCCGGUUCCUUCACCAACCGCAUCCAGAUCCUGGUCAAUGCUUUCCAGAACCCUUCUCAAGAUAGUCAUCCUGUGACCAUGGGCAAGCAACGACCUCUCUGGCUCAAGGAAAACUUGGACAAGGUUCAGGUCCUUUCUCAAGAGGAGUUCUUCGGCCCAGAAGAGAGGAAGUGCCUGCCCACCUUUGACUCUCUCACCAUCGAAAAUCAGCUCUACAACACCAAAUCCGAGACUGAUAGGAUGUUCGCACUGUCAGAUGACAUGAUCCUCGGUAAACCUCACUCGGCCUCGGACCUCUAUUCUCCUCUCUUUGGUCCUACCAUGGGCUUCAAGGACAAUGCAUACAACACGUUGAAGCCUCCGACUGAGGAAGAUGCGCAGCGAUUCGGCGAGAAACCGUUCCUCAUCUACACUUCUUGGCUACUGAACCGACGCUUUGGCGCCCGCAAGCGAAAGGGUCAGGUACACUUUGGUCACUCGUUGUCUCGAAGCAUUGCCAAGGAGGCCAUCACGAGCUUUCCAAGACCAGCCCUACGAAGCGCCUUCCAACGGUUCCGGGGUGAGACUGGCUUCCAAAUUUACUCCUGGUACGUCAUGUUCCACUACACCAUGGAGCGACACCGGGAGGCGCUGCUUUGGAGCUAUAUCAUGCUCCGCGGCGACGCCGACGACGAUGGCUACCUGAGCUGGAACGAACGCAAGAAGAUGCUUCGCGAGCUCGCAGAGGGAAUGGGCAACGAGACUCCCGAGCAGUUCCGUCGCAGGAUAUACUAUCGCAUGGGUGACCACCUCGAGGAAGCUGGUCUUCAGCCUCCCAAAGUCAACACCGACGUACUUUGGACAUCUCUGGACGGCCCUAUAAUGAUCAAAGACCUUGACUGCGAUGCGUUCGAUACGGAGGACUGCUUGGCACCGGGGUUCUCGCUACGGUCAAGCGAUGCAACAGCCCGCUCCCCCGUAUUCUCCUCAGCUGCAAUCUUUGACCGAGUUGCGCGGGAAUCGCCGCGCUGUGGUGACUGCCUGCUCAAGCUCAUCCUAAACAGGAGGCGAUCGGGCUUGGGGACGCUGCUGCCCCAUCCAGUCAAGAAGCCCGAGCAACGAGCCACCGUCAUCAAGGCGUUGAUGAAGUAUCAAUACACCAUCGUCAACCCGGACUCCGCCUUCUACAUGGUGACAGAUGCGGAGCAGGCCGAGCAUGUGCUCCUGAAGCCGUAUCUGAAGCACAACAAGAAGGCUGGUCAGAUAUGCCUGAAUGACGAUGUCGUAACGCAAGAUGAGCAGGAGCUCGAGCAGCUGAAGAAGGUGAUGAGCGCACUGUUUGAGGGCUUACUGCCUGAGCGGUCGAGCUUUGAGAUGUGACUAAUGCACUGACCUAGAUUUCCUUUCCCCUUCAGCCCACAUUCUGCAUGUAGAUAGACGUUUCGCGACGAACAAUAGAUUUCUCAUUAAAAAUUCAAUCCGAAGCGCAAUAGGGCCGACUUGCGCAUUGAGACG